CAGAGGCGGGGACCGCGGGACUCCCGACAGGGGACCCCCGGGAGCUCUCAGUGAGCCCCCGACGAGCACAGAGCGCAGCCCAGCCGCUCCCGCGACCGCUGCCUUAGAAGACGUAACGAGAACCAGAUGUGGCAGGCGCGGCGCAACUUUCUCAGAGCUCAUGAUUGGUUCCUGGCGAGGGCCACAGCCAAUCGGCGCGCGGGGCGGGCCCGCGGGGACCCAGGUUCGAAGCCGGCAGGCCGUUCCCGGCCGGCAGGGACGCGCGGUGGUGGGCAGCGCUCGGGCGGAGCGAGCAUGCCGGGGAGCCGGGCGGCCUGGCCGCCGUCGCCAUCGCCGCCACUGCUGCUACUCCUGCUGCUGUCGCCGACCGCGGCGCUGCACCUGGACGAGCUCUUCCCCUACGGGGAGUCGCGGGGAGACCAGCUCCUGCCGGAAGGCGACGACGAGAGCUCGGACCCCCUGCAGCUAGCGCAGCCGCUGCGCUUCUUGGAUGCCCAGUUCGGCAGCCUCUACGUGGGCACCAACGGCAUCAUCUCCACCCAAGACUUCCCCAGGGAGACCCAGUACGUGGACGAUGAUUUCCCCACCGACUUCCCGGCCAUCGCUCCCUUCCUGGCCGACGUCGACACGAGUCGGGGCAGAGGCCGGGUGCUGUUCCGCGAGGACACCUCGCCGGAGGUGCUGCGCCGGGCUGCCCGCUACGUGCGAGCCGGCUUCCCGCGCUCAGCCGCUAGCUUCGCCCCCACCCACGCCUUCCUGGCCACCUGGGAGCGUGUCGGCGCCUAUGAGGAGGUCAGGCGAGGGGCGCAGCCCUCCGGGGAGCUGAACACUUUCCAGGCAGUUUUAGCCUAUGAUGGGUCGGAUACCUUCGCCCUUUUUCUCUAUCCUGCUCGUGGGCUUCAGUUCUUCGGCACUCGCCCCAAAGAGUCUUAUAACGUCCAGCUGCAGCUUCCAGCUCGGGUGGGCUUCUGCCGAGGGGAGGCUGAGGAUGACAUGAAGAGAGAAGGACCCUAUUUCAGCCUGACCAGCACGGAACAGUCUGUGAAAAAUCUCUACCAGCUGAGCAACCUGGGGAUCCCCGGAAUGUGGGCCUUUCAUAUUGGGAGCAGCUCCCCGCUGGACAACUUUCAGCCAGCCACAGUUGGAAGAGAUCUUCCCACAGCCCGCCCUUGGGCUCCCCGGGAGCAUCCUGUCAGCCAUGCUGAAGCCCUGGAAAGGGACUACACCGAGGACACAUUGGAUUAUUAUGACGAGAAUGAGGAGGAGGUCGAAUACCCGCCGAAUGAACCAGGGGAGUCGUGGGAUGGUCACAGCAGGGUGGACGUGUCCUUCCAGUUGAAAGCUGACUUGGGCCUGCGGGGAGGUGGGGUCCCUCCUCCAGAUCCUGCCCUGGCCUCCCCUGUGCCACACCCAGCACCUAGUGACUGGCCGUACUACCCUGAAACAAAAUCUGCCAACUUGGACCCUCCGACCCAAGAGGUGGCACCGCUGGGAGACUUUGAGAGCCCGGAUGUAGAAGGCCACCUGCAGCCUUUGGGUCAGGCAGGGACCAGAAGCUCAGCCAUCUCAGAGGUCGCUAGAGAUUCCCUGGCUCCUUCCCAGGAGGGAAGUGUACCCCACCCUGGAGAUAGACGCAUCCAGCCCUACUCAAAUGGAAGGCCCAUGCCUUCCGGACCCAAUGUUCCUGCAGCCCAUGGCCAGGGAGAAGUUCUUCCUGAUUACUGGGUGCCAGGCCACAUUCCCCCCGUGAGCCAAGAGAGGCCGGUGGUCGGAGUGGAGGACGAGAUCAGUUCCAACACUGAGGUCUUUACGUAUAACUCUGCCAACAAGGAAACCUGUGAGCACAACCAUGGCCAGUGCUCCCCGCACGCCUUUUGCACGGACUAUGCCACUGGCUUCUGCUGCCACUGCCAGUCCAGGUUUAACGGAAAUGGGAAGCAGUGUCUGCCAGAAGGAACACCUCAUCGAGUCAAUGGGAAAGUGAGUGGCCAGCUCCACGUGGGACACAUACCGGUGUACUUCACCGACGUGGACCUGCAUGCUUACAUUGUGGGCAACGAUGGCAGAGCCUACACGGCCAUCAGCCACAUCCCACAGCCGGCGGCCCAAGCCCUCCUCCCCCUGACACCCAUCGGAGGCCUGUUUGGCUGGCUCUUUGCUUUAGAGAAACCAGGCUUCAAGAACGGCUUCAGCCUCACGGGUGCUACCUUUGUCCAUAACAUGGAAGUGACCUUCUACCCAGGAGAGGAAAGGGUUUGGAUCACUCAAACUGCUGAGGGACUCGACCCAGAGAACUACCUGAUCGUGAAGACCAACAUCCAAGGCCAGGUGCCCUCCAUUCCAGCGAAUUUCACAGCCCACAUUUCUCCCUACAAAGAGCUUUACCAUUACUCUGACUCGGCUGUGACUGUCACAAGCUCCAGAGACUACUCUCUCACCUUGGGAGCCAUCAACCAGACUGGCUCCUACCGUGUGCACCAGAACAUCACUUUCCAGGCGUGCAGGCACGCGGGACACCAAGCCGUCCCCUCCUCCCAGCAGCUGUGGGUGGACCGCGUCUUCGCCUUGUACAGUGCGGAUGAAGGAGUGCUUCGAUUUGCUGUGACCAAUCAGAUUGGCCCUGUGAACGUGGACUCCGAGCCCACUCCAGUGAAUCCUUGCUAUGAUGGGAGCCACACGUGUGACGCAGCAGCGCGGUGCCAUCCAGGGACAGGCGCGGACUACACCUGCGUCUGUGCACCUGGUUACCAGGGAGACGGACGGAGUUGCAUGGAUGUAAAUGAAUGUGCGAACGGCUACCAUCGCUGUGGCCCCAACUCUGUGUGUAUCAACUUACCCGGCAGCUACAGAUGCGAAUGCCCCAAUGGCUAUGAGUUUGUGGAUGACCAGCACACAUGCAUCUUGGUUGCCCCUCCUCCCAACCCCUGCGAGGACAGCAGGCACAACUGUGCCCCUGCUGGGCAGGCCCGCUGCAUUAACCACGGAGAUGGCACAUUCAGCUGUGCCUGCCUGCCAGGCUACACUGGCAACGGGUACCAGUGUUCUGAUGUUGAUGAAUGUACGGAAAACAGAUGUCACCCAGCAGCUGCUUGCUACAAUACACCUGGCUCCUUCUCCUGCCGUUGCCAACCUGGACAUCAUGGAGAUGGGUUUCAUUGCACACCUGAUGCCACCACAGGAAUGGAGGCCUGUGAAUACCAGCGGCACCUCGCCCAGGCCCAGCACGUCUACCCAGGGUCCCGUGUCCACAUCCCCCAGUGUGAUGAGCAGGGCAACUUCCAGCCUCUGCAGUGUCACAGCAGCACUGGCUUCUGCUGGUGUGUGGACUCCAGUGGUAACGAAGUCCCUGGCACCCACACACCAUCAGGCUCCACCCCUCCCCACUGCGGACCACCACCAGAGCCCACCCAGAGGCCCCGGACCCUCUGCGAGCGCUGGAAGGAAAGCCUGCUGGAGCACUACGGCGGCACGCCCAGGGAUGACCAGUUUGUGCCCCAGUGUGAUGAGCUGGGCCACUUCAGGCCCCUGCAGUGCCACGGGAAGAGCGACUUCUGCUGGUGCGUGGACAAGGACGGCAGAGAGGUGCAGGGCACGCGCUCGCAGCCAGGCAUCACCCCUUCAUGUAUUCCCACCGUGGCUCCACCCACCGUCCGACCCACGCCAAGGCCCGAUGUGAACCCUCCGUCUGUGGGCACCUUUCUGCUCUAUGCCCAGGGCCAGCAGAUCGGCUACUUGCCCCUCAACGGCACCAGGCUUCAGAAGGACGCGGCCAGGACCCUGCUCUCUCUGCAUGGCUCCAUAGUCGUGGGAAUUGACUAUGACUGCCGGGAAAGGAUGGUAUACUGGACAGAUGUUGCUGGACGGACAAUCAGCCGUGCUAGCCUGGAGCCAGGAGCAGAGCCUGAGACUGUCAUUAACUCAGGUCUGAUAAGCCCAGAAGGACUUGCCAUUGACCACUUCCGGAGGACCAUGUACUGGACGGACAGCGGCCUGGAUAAGAUAGAGAGGGCCAGGCUGGACGGCUCCGAGCGCAGGGUCCUCUUCCACACCGACCUAGUGAACCCCCGCGCCAUCGCUGUGGAUCCGAUCCGAGGCAACUUGUAUUGGACCGACUGGAAUAGAGAAGCUCCUAAAAUUGAAACAUCUUCUUUAGAUGGAGAAGACAGAAGAAUUUUGGUUAAUAAAGACAUUGGAUUACCCAAUGGCUUAACUUUUGACGCCUCCUCUAAACUGCUGUGCUGGGCAGAUGCAGGAACCAAAAAACUGGAGUGUACACUACCCGAUGGGACUGAACGGCGUGUCAUCCAACAUAACCUCAACUACCCCUUCAGCAUUGUGAGCUAUGCAAAUCACUUCUACCACACGGACUGGCGGAGGGAUGGUGUUAUAUCAGUAAAUAAAGACAGCGGCCAGUUUAUUGAUGAGUAUCUCCCAGAGCAGCGAUCUCACCUCUACGGGAUAACUGCAGUCUAUCCCUACUGCCCACCAGGAAGAAAAUGAAUUCCACAAUGUAAAGAAGGACCUGAUGUUUACAACCAGAAUUCUGACCCUAAAGAACACUUACUGCAAAGGAAGAAAGUGAGAAAGAAAUUAGUCAUUAGAGGUUCCUGGACAUACAAGACGAACAUUUUUAGUGCAAAAAGACUAAGUAUAUUUUGUGAAAAGUUUAUACCUCAAUCUUUACUACUGUAUUUUUAAAAACAAAAAUUGUUACUGCAAGUUCUUAAAAAAGGUCAUUUUAAUAGUUGCUUGUUAAAAGCAACAUUUUGUAAACAUAUUUAAAAGGCCAAAUUCAUUCAAGUAAGAACCAAUUAAGAACUUAAGAACCUGAAUCUAAUUUUUGCUAUGGAUUCUUUCUGGCCAAGAAAUGAAAGCAUGUGUGUUCAGUGUGAAAAUACAACCCUGAAUACCACCAGUGUUGAUGUAGCUGGAGAAGGUUAUGCAGAACUGACGGCAAAGAACCAACUUACAGUUUCCCACCAGAAGUUCUAAGUUCUCUUACCUCUGCAUCGGUGCAUUUCUAUUUAUAUUACAAGGUGCUAGAAUGAUUCAAUUUAUAUUUUCUGAUCCCAUAAGUGCCUCUACAGAAGUAGCCACCGGUAUUACAUUUAUAAAUACCAAAGAGUAGCCAUUCUCAAAUUUUCUACAUAACUCCAAUAAAGUAUUUUAAAUUUUUCUAUGA